AUGGGUGUGAGUCCUCUUUUACUCACGAUCCUCAUUACCCUCUCUCUCUUCUCAGAAACAGAGUCGUUGGUAUCGCUCCAGAUAGUCAACAACUGCAGCUACACAAUCUGGCCCGGAGUUCGCUCCACCGGCACAGUAAACCUGUCCACCACCGGCUUCAGGCUCGAGAGCGGCGCGUCCUUCAACCUCUCCGACGUCCCUGAAUCCUGGACAGGUCACGUGUGGGGCCGGACACACUGCAACCAAUCCUCCAAGGGAAGCUUCUCCUGCUCCACCGCCGACUGCGGCACCGGAAAAAUCGAGUGCGAAGGAAAUGGAGGCAAGCAGCCGGCUACUUUAGCCGAGAUCUCUCUCAACAUAACCGACGGCAUGGACUCCUACGACGUCAACAUCGAAUACGGGUUCAACCUCCCGAUGGUGGUGGAGCCCCGCGGAGCAGGCAGCAGCAACUGCAAAUCUUCGGGAUGCUCGGCCGACUUGAACGGCGAGUGUCCGGGCGAGAAGCUGAGGGUGCGUAAAGGGAAUCAAGAGACCGUGGCGUGCAUGAGCCCGUGCAUGGCGUAUAAUAAUAAUCCGCAGUAUUGUUGUAGCGGGCAGUACUAUACCGCGGACAAGUGUGAGGGGGCGGUAUAUACCGAACUUUUCAAACAAAAAUGCCCACAAGCGUAUAUCGAUCAGUAUGAUGUUCUUCCCACCUGUGCGUCAGCUAACUACAGUAUUGUUUUCUGCCCUGCCAGUUUGAACCAAGCACCAGCCGAAGAACCAACACCAGCAGAAUCACCAGCCGAAGAACCAACACCAGCAGAAACACCAUCCGAACAGGUCAAAAAGAGGAUCCGAAAUAGUUCAUUGGAGUUGGAGGAUGGUCGACGCUUUACGUACUCGGAACUUGUAAAAAUUACCAAUAAUUUUGCAUCUCCAAUUGGAGGAGGUGGAUUUGGAAAAGUCUAUCAUGGUAUUCUGGAAAAUGAUAUUCAAGUUGCUGUCAAAUUACUUAUCUCCGCAUCCGGCUCCAGUGAAUUCCAAAAUGAGGUUAAGCUAUUGAUGAGAGCUCAUCAUAGAAAUGUGGUUUCCUUCACUGGCUACUGCAAUGAUGGAAAGACUAUGGCACUUGUAUUUGAAUAUGUUGCCAAUGGGAAUCUGCAGCAACAUUUAACAUUUUCAGAUGUAGCUACUGGAAACAUUUUGACUUGGAAGGAGAGACUUCAAAUCGCAGUGGAUGCAGCACAUGGACUGGAUUAUCUACAUAAUGAUUGCAAGCCACCCAUAAUCCACAGAGAUAUUAAGACCUCCAAUAUAUUGUUAACUGAAAAGAUGCAAGCCAAGAUAUGUGAUUUUGGUGUUUCCAAACUUCUUUCAACUGAAACUGCCACUCAUACCAUGACAGAUCACAUAAGAGGAACUCGAGGAUACUAUGAUCCUGAAUACUACAACACAGGAAAGCUGAACAAAAAGAGUGAUAUAUACAGCUUUGCGGUUGUGUUGCUAGAGCUGAUCACCGGCAGAACAGCAAUAAUAACAGAUGUAGAACCCGAACCUGUUCACAUAUGUCAAUGGGUGAGGCCUAUGUUUGAGAGAAGAGAUAUUGAAAGCAUACUGGAUUCAUGUAUACAAGCCGGGACUUAUAACGUUUCCUCUGCUUGGAAGGCGGUAGAAAUCGCCAUGGAAUGUGUGUCCUCAAGAGCUACCGAAAGACCAGAUAUCAAUGUCGUGUAUAAGGAAUUGAAGGAAUGUUUGGAAAUUGAGGUUCCGCCUGAAAUAGUAAAGGUUCCAGAGAUUGAUGAGAGUGAUGAUUGCAGUACUAGUUCAAGUGUCUCUGUUGACAUGACGUCCCACACUCAAUCUGAAAGAUUUUAG